CUAUUGAUACUGUAUUCAUAAUCCAUAUUUCUUACAAUUAAAAACUCGGAAAAUAUCUUUGAAACAUACUAAAAUUUCAAUACCUACAACGUUGAAGAUAAUUAUUACAAAUUAUAAAAGUUAUUGUAGCAACAAAUAACAUGAAAGUUUUACUAUCGCAUGUUUACAUUUAUAAAAGAGCAAAACUUUGUUUUUGUUGCAAAACCUGUUUAUUAUAAAUGAACUAGAUACAAAUAAUUACCUCUGCACGAAAUACUCGUCUAAUGAUUACACUACACUAAUUUAGAAAAGAAAAAUAAUGACAAUUUAAACACAAAACAAUAUAAUUAAGUACAAAAUAGUAUCAAAACAUAAUAGCAAGUACCAAAAGUCAAGCAAGACGAAUAUUUAAAACAGAAAAAAUGAACAUUUCAUUAGCAAAAUUUGCAAUAAUUUUGUUGAUGAAUGCAUUAGGAAGUGGUAUAAGUGGAUAUAAAAUUUUAGGCGUGUUCCCUGUACCUGCAAAGAGUCAUGGCAUUUUUUGUCAGUCGGUAAUGAAAGCUUUGGCAAAACAUGGACAUCAGGUGGACGUUAUUGUUAUCAAUGAACCGGAAAAUCCGCCGGAAAAUUAUACAGUUAUUUAUAAUAUGUUGGAAAUUGUACCGUAUAUUGUAACUGACGUGACAAUUGAAUACUUAUCAACUAAUUACUCUAAGGAUCCUGUUAAAUUUAUAUCUCACGAGAUGGGAAAUUCCGUUUGUGAAUUACUCGCCAACCGAAAAGUUCAAGAUAUCAUCAAGAAAUUGAAAACAAACGCCGAUUACGAUCUUUUAGUUACUGAGGCCUUUGGAGUGAAUUGCUUUAUGGGUCUGGCCCAUUUUUUGAAUAUUCCAUUAGUAACUCUGUCGGCUCAAAAUUUGUAUCCCUGGGUGGAAGAUGCAAUAGGAUAUCCAUCAUCAUCUGCAACUCAUCCAACUAUUCUUUCUUCUUUAUUAGCAAUUAAUUUUUUCUGGGUUCGUUUACAAAAUACGUUAGAAAAACUCACGAUGCAGUAUAAACUUCAUUACUCUACGGAUAAAAUACAAACGGAACUCAUAAGGAAAUAUAUAAAUCGAGAUCUACCGACUGUUAGUGAAUUGGCAGAAAGUUCGCUUUUGACACUUAGUAACACUCACUUCAGUUUUUAUGGUGUUAAGAGCACAAUUCCAGCUUUAGUGGAAGUCGGAGGACUACACAUUUUGCAAGACGAAACCAAGUUGACACCUGAAUUGCAGAAAUGGAUGAACGAGAGUAAUCACGGGGUCAUCUACUUUUCCCUUGGAACAAUAUUCCGCAUCGAUUCAUUGGCAAAUGAAACAAUUCAUGCUUUUUAUUCAGUCAUGAGAAAACUGAAACCGAUUCAAUUUUUAGUUCGAGUCAAAUAUGAAGAUAAUCUUCCUCCUGGAAUUCCAGACAAUGUUAGAACUCUUCCCUGGAUACCACAAAUUCCAAUUUUGAGACACAAAAAUACCAAAGUUUUUAUAACACACUGCGGUCUUUUGAGUUCACUCGAGGCUGUAUACUUUGGUGUUCCUGUUAUCGGAAUUCCAAUAGUUGCCGAUCAGUUUAUAAAUUUGGAUACACUGGUGAAAAAAAAUAUGGGGAUUAAAUUAGAUCUGAAUAACAUUAAGGAGACAAUUCUUUUUAAUGUACUAAUGGAAAUUUUAAGUAAUUCAUCAUACAGAAAAGCUGCGAAAAUUGCUUCUAAAAUUUUCAAAGAUCGUCCUAUGAAUCCAGAGGAGUCGACAAUUUACUGGAUCGAAUAUGUCCUGAGAAAUGGAGGAAUUUUGAGAUCUCCAGCUAUAAAUUUGCACUGGAUACAAAAAGAACUUUUAGAUGUUUAUGGUUUUUUGUUAUUUUUACUCACUUCUUUUCUUUAUAUGCUGAUGAAAAUUAUUCAAAUCAUUGUCAAUUGUAAACUCAAAAACAAAUCUAAAAGAAUGGAGAAAAAAAAUAAUUAAAAAAUCAUUUCUUCUCUUAAUUUAACUAUACCGUUUCAAAUAAAGGAACCGAAAAUAAUCUCUCUUUCACUUAUUUUAGAACAAAUCCUCUAUAUUAUAUUAAGUUAAUGUAUGUACUACCGACCGACCGACUCACACCUCUUUCUAUCUGUCUAACAUCUAUUAGAAUACUUCACUCACACACAUGUCCAAAAAACAUUUACUCAUGUAUGUACACAUAUACACAAAACACAUACAUGUCAUGUCAAACAUGCGCAGUAGUAUUCCAUGAAUGUCACGCAUGCGCAGUAGUGUUUUAUCAAUGUCACACAUGUAUAGUAGUAUUCUAGCAAUGUCACACAUGCAAAG